AUGUUCGGCAUCAAGAAACUAGCGUACCAAUUCACUCGAGCCGUUGGAAAUGUGGAUUCGACCGCGUUACCGCAACAGAUCCAAGCACGAUGUCAGGACUGUGAAGGUUAUAGGGCUGCAAUAGCAGAAACAUGCCAGGCUAUGAUGCAAAUCAUGCAAGGAAGCCCAGAAUACCGCCCAACUGUGGAUUCUGCACAGCAAAUGGAAUAUCCACCAGGAAUGGCGCCAAGUGAGAUUUUCGAGAAGAGUCUGGCCAAGGUUAAAGGUUUUUGGUACGAUGAAACGUUGAUGGCCGAAUGUUCCAAACAGUGCAAAGUUAUGGCUACGAAACAGCGUGAAUUGCAGGAUAGAGGAAGACGACAACUUCAUAUGAUUCGAACUUUUAUAAAUAAUGUAUAUUACGAGUUCGAGGAUUUGAAAAGAAAUUUACUGAAGGCUAAGGAAGAUUUGGAAUAUGCACAGGAAGAUCAGAAAAAGACUGAUACACCGGGCCGCAGGAAAUCCACUAAAAAAGCGCAAGAAAAAUAUGAUAAAGAGCUUAAAGCCUUAGAGCAAUGGUUGAGCGUUACGCUUCCCGAACAGAAAUUGGAACAUUUGAAGGAAAUCGAGGCGAUAAUGGCAGAAUUAGAGUCCUAUCACGAAUGGAUGGCCUCCUACUGCCGUCCGCUUGCCGUCUACAAAGUUCCACGUCCACCAAAUUUUUAUUCACAAUAA